AUGGCUGCACCCAGCUCCCAGCCUUCCGCCAUUGAACUACGCGAGCCCCUUCUCGAGGACUACAGUCCAUCGGACCACCUGCUAUUAGAAGAUGACGAAAAGAUCGGACUGACCCCAACCCAGCCUGCUCAUGUUCGUCUCAUCAGCAUUGUACUAGACGCGUUGAAGAACGUUAGUCCAAAUGUCUUGAAGCCUAGCUUCCUCCGCGCCGCCAAUGCCUCUGCCAAACGUCCCACCAACAGUCUCGCCGCUCUCGACGGUCUACGCGGCCUAGCCUGUCUGUGUGUGCUCAAUCAACACUACUCCCAGAUUUACUCAGACCGUAAUUUUCUGUAUGGCUGGCUAGCGCAGCCAACAGAUGUCUACCUACCAGAGUUCCCCUUUGUCAAGGUGCUCUGGUCCGGCUCAGCACAAGUCUUUACCUUCUUCGUUCUAUCCGGAUACGUGCUCUCCAUCAAGCCACUGAGGCAAAUGCGCUCUCAAUCGCCCGAGAUACAAAAGACCUUGACCUCGUCCAUCUUUCGCCGUGGCAUGAGACUGUUCAUCCCUUCAUGCGCGAUUCUCGUUGUGGUCGCCAUCAUCGCGCAGGCCGGGAUCUACAUACCCGCCCAGGAGGCCCUUUCGCAAGGUCUAGUCGCGGCGCCCGAGAACGUCGUUCUUCCCAAGCCAGCCUUUAUCGACAUGCUUCAUGACCUAUGGGGAGAUUUCAGAGGCCUAACCAACAUGUGGAGUUGGUCAACAUACGCUCCAACGCUCAAUCAGCAUCUUUGGACCAUCGGCAUCGAGUUCCGAGCGUCUAUGCUUCUCUACCUGAUGCAGGCAGGCACUUGCCGACUCAAAGCCUGGAUAAGAAUCCUCAUCGGACUCUGCAUCCUCUUUUACUGCGCAUCCACCGCCCAGGACCACGUCCUACUCUUCUUUGCCGGCAUGAUCCUGGCAGAGCUGGACCUCGCAUAUCUCACCCACUACGAAGCACGCAGCGACACCGCCUUGGCUUGGGCUCCCACCAACUCCGUCUCCGUACUGGAGUCCAUCGCCCGACACUUCCACCCUAAAUCCCGCUCCUUCCGCCUCUGGCAGCUCGUUCUGUUCGCCACAGGGCUCUACCUCAUGUCAGCGCCCAUGCGCGGCGCCGAAGCCACCCCUGGCUACGUCUGGCUCUGCCAGUGGACCAUCCCAUUCUGGUACCACUCCGAGUUCCGCUCGUACUGGUUCUGGACCAUCGGCGCCCUGCUCCUGCUCCACACGGCGGUCCAUUCGCCCAACAUCCGCGUCAUCUACACCAACCGCUUUGCGCGCUACGCCGGCAAGAUCUCCUACGCCAUGUAUCUCGUCCACGGCCCCAUCCUGCACGCCGUCGCCUACGGCCUGCUGCCGUUCUGGCAGUCCAUUACUCAGCCGGUGGGCGGCCGCACCACCCAGCUGGGCUUCACUCUACAGUGGCUGCUCGGCGCCGGUGUCGCGUGCCCGCUCAUCGUCUACUUUGCCGACCUGGUGCAUCGUCUUCUGGACAUGCCGUCCGUGCAGCUCGCCCGGGCCUGCGAGGAGUGGUUUGAGGACCCGCGCUGGCGGGACCGCUAA